AUCAGCAGCUAACUGACACAUGGUGUUGCUAUCACUUUGGCUUUGUCAUGACUUGUUUCUGUCAUACCUGAGUUUGAUGGUGUUUGGUGGGAGGAGUUGUGGUCUCAGGUGAGAGGGAGUCAUAGUUCCCAGACUCAGACCACAGAGAUAUGCCAGGGAACAGCCGUGCCCACACAGCCCUCCACAUGCAUACAGCAUCACCGCUGUGACAGGAUGGAUGAUAGAUGACGAGGCAUGUCAUGAGGAUAUAGGCGGAACUUCAGGGAUGUUUUAAAUUCUAUCUCACAAACUCACUUCAGACUGUGUGGGCUUCUCUAAGCCAGAUACUUUUCUUUGUCCUCCUCGUGCUGCUACCAUUUUGGGGAGAAGAAGAGUGAAAAGGAGAGGACAAGUUUUGGGUUUUUGUGAUGAAUUUGUACAUGAGCUUUAGCAAUCUUCUGGAGAUCUGGGUGACUGAGGGUAGACCCCCCAACAUCAUCUCAGACCCCCAGGAAGGGGUAGCUUUGGAGGGCCAGUGGGAAGGGGGUGACUCUGGAGAUCCCCUCACCCUUUCAGGGACUACUUCCAUGUCUAAAUCUGACGUGGGUACAGAGGAUUCUGGGGUGGAGAUAACCAGCUCUGAGGCUUCUCUCCCUUCCUCCUCUUCGUCUGUGUCCAUGUGUAAUACAGCUAUUGAUCCUGUCUCAACUUCAAUCAGGGAGGAGGAUGGACUCCCCUCUACCUCUCCUCCAUGCUCUCCUGUCCUCUCUCCGCCAUCCUUCUGCUCCUCUUCCUCCCUGUCGCUCUGCCUUAGGACCAGGGCUCAGGGGCACAGGGAGCUUGCUGUGGUCAUGCACCGAAAAGUGGAGCAGGCACUGCGGAGGACAGACACAAGUGGCAGGCGGCAGGUCCUGAGGCAUGGAGGCAGAGACGCCGUGUCACGACGGCAGUGUCACAUGGCUUCACUACCCUCAACGCACUCAGUGACCCAUAACCAGAGGGCAGGUCACAGGUCAGGGAGUGCUGGUCUGAGGAGGACAGUCAGUCUGUCAGUUGUGGAUGAACAGGCCUCAACAGAGCUGCUGCAGCACAGAGGAGGCCUCUCCCCACAGCACAACGCUCUGCCUCCUCAGACAGAGACAGAGAUCUGGAAGAAUGAUGUGUGUGAGAGAGCGUAUGAGGGGCUCACCCCAGGGCUGGGGUACCUGGAGCAUGUGUGCCGGAUGCUGGAGGAGAUUGCUAGGCUACAGAUGCAUAACCAGAGGUUACAGGUGGAGAUGGAGGCUCUCCGGGAGCAGCAGGAGAGCAGGAAUUCACAACACAGUCAGUGUGACUGCAAGGCUGCUGAGGAUGGUGGCCGCUCUGCCAAUGAAAGACGACUUAAUGCUAAAGAUUAUGUUGAGGACUUACCCUGCCAAUCAUUUAAAAAUAAUUGUAACGUGCAUCAGCAUUUUCGACGGAGGUCAGCAUCGGACACAAGACUCAUGAUGGGAUAUCUGAGGAAGUUGAAGGAAGAGUCUGGACGGUGGUACCUGAGUAUAGAGGACCUGCUUGAACAGCCCAAGGAUGACAAAAAGCAGGAGAAAGAAGAGGUAGGAAAGAAAGAGCAGGGAAGUAGGAUUAAGACCUGGAAACUGAAGAUUGGCUCUCUGAGGAGGGAGGAGACCACAGAGAAAACCAGCAAACCGAUUCAUUCAUCCGUGGAGAAGGUGAGCGGGCGUCGGUUGAGACAGCUUUUCAAGAGAAGGAAAACUGUGCCAGAAUGAGAAGAGCAGAAUAUUCCAACAUUACAGUCAUUGGUUCUUAGUAACAUUCCUCUGUUAAGACUUGGAGAAUGAGGACACAUACUGUAACACUUUUUCCACAAAGCUGUGGAUUCACAGGACGCCAAUCUAUUUAGUCAUCUCAAUAUAUGGAUAUUGGUGUUUGUCUGCUGCUACAUGUAUAGUUAUUUAUACUCAGGUAGCAUACAUAUUUUUAUAUUGCAAGUUUAUACAGCCAAUAACCAAUGUGUUUUUAUGUUUCGUUGAUGUCCAAGUACAUUAGCUAUAGGAUAUGAUCAUAUAAUGUUUUAAAAUAAGUAAAGCCAGUGCAAUGUAUAUAUAUUUCAUCACUUGUCCAUGUCUGUCUGUAUCCCCACGUCUGCAACAGGAUAUUUAUUUUUCACUUUUGCUUUAUACAGUCUU